AUGUCUGCUUUUCUAUUUUUUUUUCUUCUGCAGUUGUCCUUGCUGUUGCUGUCAAAGGCAUGUUUCUGUCAAGAGACUGCCAUGGCAGCUUCCGACAACGGCCUCACGCGCACCCAGUCCGGCGUCGACGUCGAGCAGGCCGAAAAGGACUUUGCGGAGCUGAACAGAGAGCUGUCUGGCAUCUCGCAGCAGGCUCGCCGCCUGUCCAAGCAGCUCUCGAAACAGUCAAGGACUGCUGCCAAGCUCGACGAUGUCGAGAAGCUGGGCAGCUCGACCGAUUCCGACGACGAGUCCUGGGAUCUAGAGAGCGCCCUCCGGGGCUCGAGGGCCGCAGAGGUCCAGGCCGGCAUCAAGCCCAAGCGGAUUGGCGUCAUCUGGGACGGUCUUACGGUCCGGGGCAUCGGCGGCGUCAAGAACUUUGUCAAGACGUUUCCAGACGCCGUGAUCGACUUCUUCAACGUCCCCGCGACGAUCAUGCAUCUCCUCGGCUUCGGCAAGAAGGGCCGUGAAUUUGAGAUCCUCCACGACUUUCGCGGCGUUGCGAAGCCCGGGGAGAUGGUCCUGGUGCUCGGCCGCCCGGGCUCCGGCUGCACCACGUUCCUGAAGGUCAUCACGAACCAACGGUUUGGCUACACCGGCAUCGAUGGAGAGGUCAUGUAUGGCCCGUUCGACGCCAAGACCUUUGCAAAGAGAUUCCGUGGCGAAGCUGUCUACAAUCAGGAGGACGACGUCCACCAUCCCACCCUGACCGUGGGCCAGACUCUCGGCUUUGCCCUCGACACGAAAACUCCCGGCAAGAGACCGGCGGGAAUGUCCAAGAAGGAGUUCAAAGAGAAGGUCAUCGACCUGCUGCUCAAGAUGUUCAACAUCCAGCACACCGUCAACACCGUCGUCGGGAACCAAUUCAUCAGAGGCAUCUCCGGCGGCGAACGGAAACGCGUCAGUAUCGCUGAGAUGAUGGUGACAUCGGCCACCGUGUUGGCCUGGGACAACACCACGCGCGGCUUGGAUGCGUCCACGGCGCUGGACUUUGCCAAGUCGCUGCGCAUCAUGACCAAUAUCUACAAAACCACCACCUUUGUGUCGCUGUAUCAGGCAUCGGAGAACAUCUACAAGCAGUUCGACAAGGUGAUGGUCAUUGACGGAGGACGACAGGUCUUCUUUGGACCCGCCUCGGAAGCCAGGGCAUAUUUCGAAGGUCUCGGCUUCAAGGAAAAGCCCCGUCAAACGACUCCGGACUAUCUGACCGGCUGUACGGACCCGUUCGAGAGAGAGUACAAGGCAGGCCGCGGCCCGGACAACGUGCCCUCGUCGCCCGAGGAGCUGGUGAAGGCGUUCAACGAGUCGGAAUACCGGAAGAGGCUGGAUGAGGAGAUGGCGGCCUACCGCGCCCAAAUCCAGCAGGAGAAGCACGUCUAUGAGGAGUUUGAGAUUGCCCACCAGGAAGCCAAACGCAAGUUCACGCCCAAAUCCUCCGUCUACUCGAUUCCUUUCUACCUCCAGGUCUGGGCCUUGAUGCAGCGCCAGUUUCACAUCAAAUGGCAGGAUAAAUUCGCGCUGACCGUCUCGUGGGCGACAUCGAUCGGCACGGCCAUCAUCCUGGGCACGGUCUGGCUCAAGUUGCCCACCACCAGUGCCGGCGCCUUCACGCGAGGGGGGCUGUUGUUCAUAUCGCUGCUAUUCAAUGCAUUCCAAGCCUUUUCGGAGCUGGGUUCGACCAUGCUCGGCCGGCCGAUUGUGAACAAGCACCGGGCGUUUACCUUCCACCGACCGAGUGCCCUGUGGAUCGCUCAGAUCAUCGUCGAUAUCGCCUUCGCAUCGGUGCAGAUAUGUGUGUUCAGUAUCAUCGUCUAUUUCAUGUGUGGACUGGUGCUGGACGCGGGCGCCUUCUUCACCUUUGUUCUCAUCAUCAUCAUGGGCUAUCUGUCGAUGACUCUGUUCUUCCGGGCCAUCGGCUGCCUCUGCCCGGAUUUCGACUACGCCAUGAAGUUUGCGGCGGUGAUCAUCACCCUCUUCGUUUUGACGACGGGCUAUCUGAUCCAGUACCAGAGCGAGCAGGUGUGGCUGCGGUGGAUUUUUUACAUCAACCCUUUUGGCCUUGGCUUUUCGUCGUUGAUGAUCAAUGAAUUCAAGCGUCUGACCUUGACCUGUGUCUCCAGCUCGUUGGUCCCGUCUGGUCCGGGGUACGGCGAUAUCGCUCACCAGGUUUGCACCCUGCAAGGCAGCGAGCCCGGUUCGGCGAUCAUUCCGGGCUCCAACUACCUUCGCGUGGGCUUCAGCUAUGACCCGGGUGACCUGUGGCGCAACUUUGGCAUCAUCAUCGCGCUCAUUGCUUUCUUCCUGUUCACCAACACCUACCUGGGCGAGACGAUGAACUUCGGCGCGGGCGGCAAAACCGUCACGUUCUAUCAGAAGGAAAACGCAGAGCGGAAGAAACUCAACGAGAAGCUGAUGGCCAGGCGACAAAAGCGGCAGAACAAAGAGCUGGACGAGUCCGGAAACGAGCUGAAGAUCGCCUCCAAGGCUGUUCUCACUUGGGAAAACCUCUGCUACGACGUCCCCGUCCCUUCUGGAACUCGCCGUCUGCUGAACUCGGUGUAUGGCUACGUCCAGCCCGGGAAGCUGACGGCCUUGAUGGGCGCUUCUGGCGCCGGCAAGACGACCCUGCUGGAUGUCCUGGCCGCACGGAAGAAUAUCGGUGUCGUCACCGGCGAUAUCCUUGUGGAUGGCAAGAAACCGGGCACGGCUUUCCAGCGCGGAACCUCGUACGCCGAGCAGCUGGAUGUCCACGAGCCGACGCAGACUGUCCGGGAAGCCUUGCGGUUUUCAGCCGAACUUCGCCAGCCGUACGACGUCCCCCAGGCCGAGAAGUUUGCCUAUGUCGAGGAGAUCAUUUCGUUGCUCGAACUCGAGCCGCUCGCAGACGCCGUCAUUGGCGACCCGGCGACUGGUCUCUCGGUCGAGGAGCGCAAACGGGUUACGAUCGGAGUUGAACUGGCAGCGAAGCCAGAACUGCUUCUGUUCCUCGACGAGCCCACGUCGGGGCUCGACAGCCAGUCGGCCUUCAACAUUGUCCGUUUCCUGCGAAAGCUCGCGGCGGCCGGCCAGGCGAUACUCUGCACGAUCCACCAGCCCAACGCGGCCCUUUUCCAGAGCUUCGACCGGCUCCUGCUCUUGCAGAAGGGCGGGGAGUGCGUCUACUUUGGCGACAUUGGACCGGACAGUCAGGUCCUCCUCGACUAUUUCCGGCGCAACGGGGCCGAUUGCCCGCCCGAUGCCAAUCCUGCGGAAUGGAUGCUGGACGCCAUCGGCGCUGGGCAGACGCCGCGCAUCGGCAAUCGAGACUGGGGGGACAUCUGGCGGACUUCUCCUGAGCUGGAGGCCGUCAAGGAGGAAAUCGCCCGGAUCAAAGCGGAGCGCAUCGCGGAGAACCAGGAGGAAGGGGUGACGGGCCAGCAGGACAUGGAGUAUGCGACGCCUCUCUGGUUCCAGAUCAAGACGGUCGUGCGGCGAGCCAACCUGUCGUUCUGGCGAUCGCCCAACUACGGGUUCACGCGGCUGUUCACCCACGCGGUGAUUGCGUUGUUCACGGGUCUGGCCUUCCUGCAGCUGGACGACUCGCGCUCGUCGCUGCAGUACCGCGUGUUCGUGCUGUUCCAGAUCACGGUGAUUCCGGCCAUCAUCAUCCAGCAGGUCGAGCCCAAAUACGACAUGUCGCGGCUGAUCUUCUACCGCGAAUCGGCGUCCAAGACGUACCGGCCGAUCGCGUUUGCGCUGUCGAUGGUGGUGGCCGAAAUCCCGUACAGCAUUCUCUGCUCCGUGGCGUUUUUCCUGCCCAUCUACUACAUCCCGGGAUUCCAGACUGCGUCCGAUCGGGCGGGAUACCAGUUCCUCAUGGUCUUCAUCACGGAAUUCUUCUCCGUGACGCUGGGCCAGAUGAUCGCCGCGCUGACGCCGAGCGCCUUCAUCGCGUCGCAGCUCAACCCGCCGUUCGUGAUCAUCUUCUCGCUGUUCUGUGGCGUGGCCAUCCCCAAGCCGCAGAUCCCGGGGUUCUGGCGGGCAUGGCUGUACCAGCUGGAUCCGUUCACGAGGCUGAUCGGGGGGAUGCUGGUGACGGAGCUGCACGACCGGCCGGUGGUGUGCCAGCCGGAGGAGUACAACCGCUUCAGCGCGCCGCCGGGGCAGACAUGCGGCGAGUACAUGCAGGCGUUCUUCGACGCGGGCGGACCGGGGUACCUGCUGAACAACGCGACGGACCAGUGCGAGUAUUGCGCGUAUCGGGUUGGCGAUGAGUUCUACGCGCCGCUGGGCUUGAGUUAUGCGAAUCGCUGGCGGGAUCUGGGGAUCUUUGCGGCGUUUAUUGCCAGCAACUUGAUCAUCCUGUUUGUGGGGGUGCGUCCAUAUCCAGUCAUCACUGCUAGUUGUCACUGCUAA